AUGAAGAUCACACAUUUGCCAGGCUACUUUGUUCAGAGGCAAUCCUUGAAGGUCGUCUUCCACCUCCUGGUCGGACCCCAAGAGUUUGGUACAAAGUUACAAAGGAAGAUGGACGCGGGCCUUUGUGAGCUUAUGCCGGCAGACAGAGAGCUAUGGCGGCUGCUAGCACAGGCGAAGCGAUCAGACUAUGAGCUUUGCAUCGUCCUCACGAAGGCUGACAACAGUGUACCUUCGCAGCUUGAACGAUUUGCCAACAUUGUUCGAGAAGCGUUGCGGCGGGAAGGCUCCGACUUGGCAGUUCGAGCAAAAAUUUUUGCUUGCAGCGCUGUGAGCAAAUUGGGCAAAGACACAUUGUGGCGCAAAAUCUGGUCUGCCGUGGGUGGUGAAGCAUCCACCAUUGAAGACCUUGGUGAGGGCCCAGACAACGCUGAAAGAUAUCGUAAGACGGAGUUUGGCUGGGAUGAGCCUGGAGUGUCAAAAAGCUGAUGCAAAAGUUCAUCACAGCAGCGAGCAUUUGAUCUCCACCAAGAAAAGCAGCUGCCAAACGGG